AUGGAUUACUACACUAAACUAUUGACGGAGAACUGGGACGAGUUUGAGGAAGAACAUGAUAGCUAUUUAGAAAAAGAAUAUGACGCACAGACACAGCUAUUUGAUACUAGAGAAGCACUCAUUGGAUGGGCUAAGAAAAUUGGAAAACAAAAUGAAACUGUGAUUGUGAUUAAGAGUUCAGAAUCUGGGGGUCCUGGAAAAAGACCUAGAGUUCGUCUUUCUUGUGAACGUAGUGGAAAGUAUAGAACAUCUAAGAAGAAAGAAGAAAUAAUAGGAGAAUUAAAAAGGAAAUCUACAGGUUCAAAAAAGUGUGAUUGUCCGUUUGAAUUACUUGGUAUGAAAUUUGAGCAGUGGGAGUUGAAAGUUAUAUGUGGAGUGCACAAUCAUCCACUAGCAGUUCAAUUGGAGGGUCAUUCAUAUGCAGGGAGACUUACAGAAAAAGAGAAAGGAAUUUUGAAAACUAUGUCUGAGAAUCUGGUGAAACCUAAAAAUAUUUUGAUGAGUCUCAAGGCAGAUGAUGAGAAUAAUGUUACUACUAUCAAAACUAUAUAUAAUGCGCGUCAAAGAUAUAAACUUAUUGAGAAAGGUGGUAGAUCACAGAUGCAACAGUUGAUGAAGAAAUUAAGAGAAUGUAAUUAUGUGGAGUGGCACAGAACUGAUGGAUCAAAUUGUAUUACAGACUUAUUUUGGGCGCAUCCGAUGUCUAUAGAUUUAUUAAAAAUAUUUCCACAUGUCUUGAUAAUGGAUUGUACAUACAAAACUAACAGAUAUAGAUAUCCACUUCUUGAGAUUGUUGGUGUGACAUCCACUGAGUUAACUUUUCCUGUUGCAUUUGUAUUUAUGAACCAUGAAUACGAGGAUAACUAUACAUGGGCUAUGGAGAGAUUAAAGAAUGUGAUGGGAUCUAAUGCAUGUCCUGGAGUAAUUGUGACUGAUAGAGAAUUAGCAUUGAUGAAUGCAAUAUAUAAAGUGUUUCCAAGUACCACAACCUUAUUAUGUAGAUGGCAUAUAUCUAAAAAUAUACUUGCUAAGUGUAAGAAAUUCUUUGAUAGAAAGGAGACAUGGGAGAAGUUCAUGUUACAAUGGAAUCUUCUUGUUUUUGCCUCUACUGAGAUUGAGUAUCAAAGUCUACUUUCUGACUUAAUGGUUGAGUAUCAUGCAUAUGAAGGAGCACUUGAUUAUGUGAGAAAUACAUGGCUGAAUGAUUACAAAGAAAAAUUUAUUGCAGCGUGGACAAAUAAAGUAUUACAUUUUGGCAAUGUUACUACUAACAGGGCUGAGAGCGCACAUGCAAAACUGAAGAGAUAUCUGUGA